UGUGACAAAGUUGACGUGUUCCUUGACUUGAAAGAUAUCAUUUUAUCAAAAUUAGUAAAUAAAAUAAAUUUAAAUUUUUUUACUACGAUUUGUAAUUUGUAAUGGUGUUAGUGUAAAAAUUUAUAUUUUGCAAAAUUAAUAGAUACGUAAUAUAAGAACAAGUGGGAAAACCGAACAAAACCGUAAUACAUAUUUAUCAGGUUUAACAUGCAGAAAUUUAUUGGAUUUACUUUAUUAUUGGCUAUUCUGCAGACAUGUUUUGCUCCACCAGUAACACAAAAUAAAAAAGAGGCUGAUGCAAAUGAAGAAGAUUCCAACAUAAAUGGUCUAGAAGACUACAUGGAAUAUCACAGAUAUCUCAAAGAAGUAGUUAAUGCUCUGGAAUCUGACCCCGAUUUUAGACAGAAACUUGAAAAGGCUGAUGAAAACGAAAUUAAAUCUGGUAAGAUUGCCGAAGAACUUGAAUUUGUGUCACAUCAUGUGAGAACUAGAUUAGAUGAAAUUAAAAGAAUAGAAUUGGAGCGGUUGAAAGAGCUUGCCGAGCAGAAGAAAAAAUUGGAAGACCCCAACUCUAUCGAUGAAGAUCCUGUUCAUCACCAUUUAGAUCAUGACAAUCCACAUACAUUUGAAAUCGAGGAUUUAAAAAAACUUAUUGCUAAAACCACUGCUGAUUUGGCUGAAGUUGAUAAGAAACGAAAGGAGCAAUUCAAGCAGUACGAGCUAGAAAAAGAGUAUAAGAAACAGGAAAAACUCAAUCAUACUAAUGGUGCAGAAAGGGAAAAAUUGGAAAAAGAAUAUCAGGAAAUGGAACAAAAACAUAAGAAGCACGAAAAAUUACACCAACCUGGACAUAAAGCUCAACUGGAAGAAGUUUGGGAGGAACAGGAUCAAAUGCAACAAGACUUCGACCCCAAAACCUUUUUCAUGUUACAUGACCUCGAUGGAAACGGCCUAUGGGAUCAAGACGAAGUCAAAUCCCUUUUUAUAAAGGAACUCGACAAGAUGUAUCAACAAGGAGCACCAGAAGACGAUAUGAGAGAACGUAUUGAAGAAAUGGAACGUAUGAGAGAAAGUGUAUUUAAGGAGAUGGAUACAAACCAUGAUGGAUUCAUCGAUUACAACGAAUUCUGGUCUCAAACGCAUUCAAGAGAUUUCAAUCAAGAUAAUGGAUGGCAAUCCCUCGACGAACAAAAGCCAUAUACCGACGAGGAAUUGGCCGAAUAUAUAAGGCAACACGAAGCAGCCAAUCAAAUAUAUCAAGGUCACCCCGGAGCUUAUCAGAUUCCGCCAGGUGGGUACCAACAAGUACCCCCAGGUGGAUACCAACAGGUACCGCCAGGCGGAUAUCAACAAGUGCCACCUGGAGGAUACCAACAGGUACCGCCUGGAGGUUACCAACAAGUACCACAUGGAGGGUACCAACAACCACCACCAGGGGGUUAUCAAGCUCCCCAAGGGUAUCAACCUCCCCCUCCAGCAGGAUAUCAGCCGGUUCCUCCAGGAGGCCAUCAACAAGCUCCUCCAAAUCAGCAAGUUCCUGGCGGAUACCAGCAGGUCCCUUCGGGUGGAUAUCACCCUAAUGCUGUUCCUCCUCAAGGACAGGUUAACGACGGACGAGUUCCGCAAAGUCCUCCACAGACCGGGCCAAUUUCUCAGCACGAUUUGAACACAAAUGAGGUACGCCCACAGCAGGGUCAAGCCAAUUACCAAAAUCAACAAGUCAAUCAACCGCCACCUGGUGGUCAAACAAAUUACCAAAAUCAACAAGUCAACCAACCGCCACCUGGUGGCCAAAUAAAUUACCAAAAUCAACAAGUAAACCAGCCGCCACCUGGUGGGCAAAAUCAACAAGUAAAUCACCAGCAGGCCGCUAAUCAGCAGCAAAAUACACAACAGCCUCAGCAAAACGUACAGCAACCCGUACAGAAUCAACCGCCUAUGGUCCAACAACCAGGACAGACAUAUCAGCAGCCACAGCAGAACAAUCAACAGCCACAGCAAAUUAAUCAGCAACAACAAAUUAACCAGCAACAGCAUCAACAACAAAACCAAGCUCCACCCAAUGUAGCAUAAAACAGAUAUUAUUUAUUAGAUUAAUUAAGGUAUAUUCAAUGUUCCAUGAUUCAGUUAGCAUUUAAGUAUUUUUUUUGCAAUUAAAAAUUUUCUUUUUGUAAGUUCGCAGAAAAUGCGUUUUUUCCAAAAAUGUGGCUGUGCCGUGUUUGUAUAAAUAAUUAUUUCAUGUGUAUAAAAUUGUACAUUAUUUAAUCCAGGAAUCUCACAGAUGCAAGCAUUUAACUAAAGAAGUGUAAAGAGCUAAAGUAUAUAAUAAUAAUAAAAACAUGCCUGUAAAAAUGUA